CACACACAUAGAAACAUACACACACACUCUCUCUUUCUGUCUGUCUUUCUUUCUAUCUCUCAGUCAGUAAUAAUGGAGCCCGGCAGUCCGAAGAAGAUCCAGUUUGCUGUGCCUCCGCUGCAGGGACAGCUGGACCCACAGGCCGCCGAACAUAUCCGUCGCAGAAGACCGACUCCUGCCACUCUGCAGAUCUACAGACAACCUGGCUCAGAUGUUGGAGAUCAGAACAACGCCAGUGGAGAGUCACAGGUUUCAGAUUCCUCUCAGAGGAAGCAGAGCACCUACGCCCCACCCACCAUGAAAGGUAAGCUGGAGGGUUCUGUACCUGAGGAGGAUGAGGAGGAAACCAUCCCUCAGGACGACUGAUCCCGGAGAGAAUCUCAGCACAAAGGGGCGGCCAUCUUAUCUCCGCCAUUCCGCACAAACCAACAAACGGACUCCGGCGUCCAUCUCGAGUGUAGCACCUACAUGACAGGACAGUGACCUCUGAGCAGUUAAUGUUUUCAAUAAGAGCAGGUAAAAGAAACCAGUAAAACCAGCUUCCUUUACUCUUCAUGAACUGGUCAGGAAAUAUCCAACUUGACUGUCACUGACUCGAGUUUCACAGUUUGACUCCUGAGUUUAAAAUGAAAACGUCACAACAGUUAACCUCAAACACACACCGCCAACACGUUAACGCUUUCAGCAGGAAACUCAGUAACUUGUUCUAAAGCCAUGAAACACAAAACACUGACACUGUCAAUUUUUUCAUUUCAAAUAUCAAAAGGAAGAAAUCUUUUUAUUUUAUACUUGGUCAAACCAACAUUAGCUAACUAACUGACAGCAGGUGCAGCCAUUUGUCAACAUAAAGCAUCAGUUCACUAAAAAAAACUAAUUAAAAACAAUAAAAAUAUUCAUAGCAACAAUUUAAUAAAUGUAAAACAAGCUAAUUUACUUUGAUCUGCAACUGUUGAUUCCUUUUAUAAUCCACUGAUCUGUCAAUUAGUUUUUUCAGUUCACUCAUUAGUCGAUUGAUCUGUGGAAAAAAAUGCCCAUAACACAAACUCCCCAGAGCCUAAGGCCACGACUUUAAAUGUCUGAAACCCAGAAAUAUUCAGUUUAAAAUGUUGUACGACAAAGAAGAGCAGCACAUUUAAGAGGCUGGAACCAGAGAAACAUUUUUUUCACCGUCUUUGCCUGAAAAUCUCAGUAGCUGCUGAUUGUUCUUCUGUCGAUCGACUGAUUGACUUUUAGCUGAUUUUUUUGCUGCCUCAGGCUUUAAACGUGUCCACAGUGUGAUCAGAAACUUGCAGGUGUUUGACACAACACCUGUAAAAUAAACCACAGCCAAAUGAAUAAAACACAAAAAUAACGCAAUCAUUAUUAACUAGAGCUUUUAGCACUGUACAGACAUUUUUUACGCAGAUAUUUUGUCACAUAGCAGGAGGAGCUCAUGUGGAUUGGGUCCAUCAUUAAUGACAGAUCUGUGUUUUUCCUGCUGCGACAUGUCAAAAUGUCUGCUGUGAAAAAGGCUGUGGACAACUGGAGUUUCACAUCGUGGACUGAGCAGCCUGCUCUGCCUCUGCCAGCACAGGUUUGACUCAGUUUUAAAUGAACUGGACUGUUCAGACAACGUCAUUGAAUUUCCACAGAACUACAGGAUGAUGGAUCAGCUGAUAAGAAGAGUCAUGUUUUCUUUAUCUGUAUAUGCAGUUUGUGUCUUUGUGACUUAUAAUUUCACUAACAGCAAUAAAGUGUCAGCAUUGAUUUUGUACACAAUAAAGAGAAUUUAAACAUUA